AAAACUCACACAAUCUCUCCAUAAAUAGAACCUAGGCGUGUGUUCUCCACACUUCACCUAUAUUCUCUACCUUCUUAUUUCAGCACAAAAUCAAAAGGAAAGAAAAGAAAACCAAAUCAAAAGACUUAUCACUUAACCAUGGAAUCACACAACGUGAACAACAGCUCGAACCUAGACAUGGAGAUGGAUCAAGAAAAGGCUUUCGACUACUCCAAAAGAGCUCAAUGGCUAAGAGCCGCCGUUCUUGGUGCCAACGACGGUCUUGUCUCCACGGCUUCACUUAUGAUGGGUGUCGGUGCCGUAAAGCAAGACGUCAAAGUCAUGAUCUUGUCAGGUUUCGCCGGUUUGGUCGCCGGUGCUUGUAGCAUGGCCAUCGGAGAGUUUGUAUCCGUUUACUCUCAGUACGACAUCGAGGUGGCUCAGAUGAAGAGAGAAAACGGAGGGCAAGUAGAGAAGGAGAAGCUUCCGAGUCCGAUGCAAGCGGCUGCCGCAUCUGCGUUAGCGUUUUCUUUGGGGGCGAUUGUCCCAUUAAUGGCGGCUGCGUUUGUGAAAGACUAUCACGUGAGAAUCGGAGCGAUCGUGGCGGCGGUGACGUUGGCGUUAGUGAUGUUUGGGUGGUUAGGAGCGGUUUUGGGGAAAGCACCGGUGUUUAAGUCGUCGGCUAGGGUUUUGAUUGGAGGUUGGUUAGCUAUGGCCGUUACUUUUGGUUUGACAAAACUGAUUGGGACACAUAGUCUGUGAUAAGUUUGUGUUUAGUUACAUACGUGAGUAACGUGAGUAAACUCUUCUUCAUGCUUCAUGCUUCAUGCAACACAAUUUAAGCGGUUACGUUUUUUUUUUUAUAGAAAAGAAAGUGUGGAAUGGACUUGUGGUGACUUGUUUUAUUUCGUGGGAAUUUGAUAGUAAUGGGAUCUCUUUGUAAGGAACUUAAUGUGUUAAUAUAAAUUCUGUCAACUAGAGUUUUCCCCAAUAAUGAUAAAAUUAAAGGCUCGUUAA